AUGUCCGACGUAUCCGAGUUAAAAAGUAUGUUCAGUGACUUUCCAGAAAACUUAACAAAAGAGGAGCUACAAUAUUUAGAACAUCUUAGAUAUAAUUUGUCGAAAAAAUACGAACCAAUUUCCGUUUCAACUGGAAUAUUGACGCUUUUAGUUCUGUUAUAUGGGUCUAUUUCGGUGAUAGCCGUCAUAGGUAACGCUCUAGUGAUCUUUGUUGUGUUGUACAAGAGGAAUAUGCAAACGGUCACUAAUGUCUUUAUUGCUAAUUUGGCACUAGCUGAUGUUGCGCUUGGUGUAUUUACUAUACCUUUCCAGUUCCACGCUGCAAUUAUGCAGCGAUGGGUAGUGGCUGAUUUUAUGUGUAAAGUGGCACCGUUUGUCAAAAACUUAUCGGUUAAUGUCAGUAUAUUGACCUUGACCGUAAUUGCCUUUGACCGAUACAUAGCCGUGAUGUAUCCCCUGAGAGCAGGUUUUCGGAAGCAAGUGGCGAUAAUUGUUCUUCUUGUUAUAUGGGUUUUAAGCACGUCAUCUAGCAUACCAGACUUACUUUACUAUAAGGUUAACAUAAUCUUUGAUAUUGAAAUCUGGGCAAAGAAACCAUUUUGUGAAGUGCAGUGGCCAUCGGACGCAUUUCCGAAAUUUUACUUUUCGUAUUUCCUUCUUUUGCAGUAUAUGGUGCCUUUAACAAUAAUAAGUUUUUCGUACAUUCGUGUAGCGUACAGGAUUUGGGGAAGUAAGGCACCUGGAUAUGAAAUACAAAGACGUGAUCACAUUAGGAGUGUUCAUAAGAAAAAGGUAGUGAAGAUGCUCAUCAUUGUUGUUAGUCUGUUUGCCUUUUGCUGGUUGCCACUUCAGUUAUAUAACUUCAUAUCAGCAGUUUAUCCCAUUGUAAAUGAAUAUCAACAUAUAAACAUAGUUUGGUUUUGUUCAAACUGGUUGGCCAUGAGCAAUUCCUGCUACAAUCCUUUCAUAUAUGGACUUUUGAAUGAGAAAUUUAAACGUGAAUUUAAAAAUUUAUGCCGACUUUGUACCUGUUGUGGCAGAAAACGGAAGUAUGUCAGUUAUUUCUUUUACGAGACAUCUGAGGAAAAUAAUCAUAAAACAAGUAUCUUGUUUCAUGGAAGUGAUAGCAGCCAUGUUUUUAGAAACUCCAGAAAACGGAAGAGAAGCAAUGGUUCUACGAAACCCUUUGUUCAAUCAACAAAAAUAUAGACCUCAGUAGAGAUAAUUGUGUGUCAUCAAUUCAUUAUUUUGAUUCUGUUAUUUAUGGUUCUUGUGGAAAACGUUGUCAAAAAAUCGAUAAAAAUAUCACUGAACUGUCAAUGUAUAUCACGUUGCAGAAUAAAACAUAACACGCAAGAGAAAACUUUCAUUCGAAAUUUUUAAGUGUCAGUGAUUUUUAAGUCAUAUGGAAUAAGCUAGGAAUAAAAUACAACGAAUCGCUUUUAUACGUUCGAGUUGUUGAUUUUUCAACAAGAAAUUUUGUCAAAUUUGCGACUUUCUCGUUUUAAAACGUCACUAUGGUUUUUCACAUAAGUGCCAAUAUUGCUAAUCAACAUUUCAUUCGCAUCAAAAUUUUUUUUUUUACAUUUAUGCCAAUUUUUUUUCCAUCUGCGCCUAUAAAUGAUUUUGAUUGCGUCAAUUGAACAUAUUUCAUUUAAUCUCAUUUCAAUAUUGGUUAACACUUGCGUGGAGGUGAAGAUUUAAAUUCGCACAGGAUAAGUACAUUAACCUAUUUAAAAAAUCAAAGUCACCGAGUGGAUAUUGUAUCUGUUAUAACUAUCACAUGUUGACCGUGUUAUUUCACCUUAAGGUAGUUCAGGGGUAUAGGAAAUAAAAACGACAAAAUUUUUUCUUAUACUUUGCAAAAAUGAAGAUUUUACUUUGCUUUUUUCAAAAAAUGAUAAAAAGUAUGGGUCACCGCGCUAUUUUUCAAGGUACGAGUCGUUCAAAAUUGCAAAAAUUUCCUUAGAUUGUUCAUGAAAAUACACAUUUUUGUGCAUAAAAAGAAAUCUAUGAAACAGAAUUUUGAAAUAAAUAAUGAAAAGGUUUUAUUAUAUAUUUUAAGAAAAUAAAAAGAAAAAGUGGUGUCACCGAACUUGUGUUCUUGCUACCAGUAAAAAAUGAAAAUUUCCCUAUAUGUCCAGUAUAAAUUUUGUACUAAAAAAGUAAUCUCCCCUUAAAUGGCUUCUAAAAGCACAAAUAUUUGGUAUUUGUUAAAACAUUUUCGAUAAUGCAAUGAAUAAUUAAGUUUUCUUUAUAUAAAUAUACAGUGUAACCAAUAAAUUGCAAAUCUGUCUCCAAAUUUGCAGAUUUGGGCAAAGAACUAGACCGAUUAUUUACCGUGAUUGUACAAUUCAAGAUGGCGGUAUACCCCUGAACUACCUUAACUGAUAUAUUUGAUUAAAAAAACAUAGUCUGCAGUCAACAUAUUAUUGAGUUAUUUCCUCAUGAUAUAUCGGUCUAAAAAAGAUUAAUCUUAUUGCAACAAAGUUGUUUGGACAAUUGGGCUCUUCCAGUAUGUCAAUACAUGAAUGUGUAAAGGGAAUAUUUCAUUCAAAUACAUUGAAUUGGAUUUGGUAACAGGCCAAGCCUAUGUAUGCCUUCUCAACAAUAAUUAAAUAGCUCUGUCUAUAAAUAGCAUUUUGUAUCAAAAACACCUAACUAUUAUUAAAACUUUGUCAUAGAGGCAUCCAAUUUUUUUUCAUUUUUGUUUCAUUUUUUUCUGAGUACCAGUAAAAAAGAGAACAACAAUCAUACUGUAGUUAAACACAUACAGUUCGUACCAAAAAUGAUAUGAGGUAUGUAUUUUUUUUUAAACGAACCCCCUUUAAAUAACUAAAAAGUAAAAUAACAAAAAUACCGAACUCCAAGGGAAAUUCAAAAUCUCAAACACAUCAAACGAAUGGAAAAAAAUGUGUUAUAUUCCUGACUUGGAACAGGCAUUUAAAGAUUAAAAUUCACACAAUUUAUAAAUGUUCGUCGCCUCAAUUCACCUCAAAAUAUAUUUCAAAAAAUAAAAGCCUGUUACAACAUGGUACAAUAUUUUUCCUGAAGGUUGCUUUUUUUGCGAACCGCAUAGUAAAACUUUUUAAAUGUACACCAAGCACACGUGUAACGUUUAAAAUGUUUAAAUACAAUAUUCUAUCGGAAUGCCUUGAGUACCUGGUCAUUUUAGAAUGGCGCAAAUGAAAACUUGUUUUUGGCUAAACUAGAAUAUUUUUUCAUGUCAAAUUGGCGCAAAUGAUUUUGUUUUUCAUAUUGACACAAAUACGUUCGUUCUGUCAUCGUGUUUUCUCUAUAAAAUGUCACUGGUCACAGUAAAAUAUUGGUGGGAGUGAUUGGUCCAUAGGUGUUUAAAAUGAUUACCAAAAUCAAUAAUUACAAUAACAUGCGCAUUGAACAUAGCUGUGGGAUAAAAGCAUGAAAAAGUAAGAGUUUUGAAUGUAUCAAGACAACAAUUCGUCAUCGUUACAUGUAAAUGUUUUAUUGGUAACGCUUUUAAAAUUCAUAAACGUGUUAAAAUAAUUUCAUUGGUGUUUUUUUUAAUACAAUUAAUGGUUAAGAUAGAUAAUA